AUGGGAGUGCGAAACCUCGAGAAGAGCCAAUCUCGUAAGCCUCAGAGCACACUGGGUCUGCUGGCCCUGCACGUGUCAGUGGAUGAGAGUAUUCACGCCGCAGCCAAAAAUCUGGAAGCUACACUUGGUCGCCUUGAUGUCCUAGUCAACAAUGCUGGCAAUCAAAUCCAGCCCAGACUCCUAGCGCACGGGCAGCUUCGCGAGGCCUUCGAAAUCAACAUAUACGGUACAGUCAUCCUGACGCAGACCCUCAUACCGCUAAUUCUAGCGUCCCAGGGCAAGAACAUUAUCAACUUGUCAUCAGAGCUAGGAACGCGACAACUUACGACGCACCUCAAGGACCAAGGCGGCAAGGUUUGGAGCUUCUGUCCUGGUUUCGUCGUGACCAAUCUGGUAGGGCAGAGAAAAUACCGCGUUGCGAUGGGUGCGCAGAGUUCGGAAACAAGCGUGCAGGCGGUCUUGGACAUUGUGGAAGGCAAGAAGAACGUGGAGGCGGGCACAUUCAUUGGUCGUUACGAUGUCCGAAUUCCCUGGUGAGCACGGAGGGAU